AUGGCUCCUCAGCACUCGGGUGAUGUCUUGACCCCCCUGCUCGGCGCUUUGAACCUUCAGGCGCAGCGUCCAAAAUAUCCUUUUGUCUUUCUUCCGGAUCAGAUGCCCCAGAUACCGCAGAUACCUCAGGUGCCAUAUAUGUACCCAAACGUUCUUCCGUACCCGACCCUUCCUUAUCUGGUGAACUGUAAUGAGGAGCAGAAGAACGAAAGCCUCAACCUUCCAUUUCAGAUGAUGAAGACUCCUAACGGUUACAUUCUUCAAGACUUGGAGAGUCUGACACAGCAGGAUCCCCCAAUUCCGCGGGCAGUGCCUGCAAUGUGGACCAAUCCGUCCGAUCUUACACUCGCUAAAUGCCUCGAGAACCGGGAGGGUAUCACGAAUGUUUACAUCCGGGGCUUCCUGCCGGAGACGACCGAUGAGAUGCUGUACGCAUAUGCAUCCCGCUUCGGAAAGAUUGAUCGUUGCAAGGCAAUCGUGGAUUUAGAUACGGGUCUUUGCAAAGGCUUUGGCUUUGUGCAGUAUUACAACUUCGAAUCCUGCGAGAAUUGCAUUCGGGGUUUCUUCUAUCUUGCUAUCAAGCCAGCUUUGCUCAGUGAGCCGACUGAUCUUUUCAUCGUUAUCGGGCUGACAAAAAUUUCUCUUCAGGAUCUUCGUCGUCAUUUUGAGCCCUACCGUGUCGUGUCCGAGAAGAUUAGCCGCGAUGAAAAGACGGGCGUGAGUAAAGAAGUUGGAUUUGCCCGAUUCGAGACCCGUGAGAUUGCAGAGAAAGUGUUGGCCGAAUUCCACAAUGCCGUGGCAAAAGAUGGCGCCAAGUUACUUCUUCGCUUUGCAGACACAAAAGCUCAGAAGCUGCUCAAACAGCAAAGCAAUGAGCGCCGGGCUUAUCGAGCCGGGGAGUAUAAUUACUCAGUUGAGGUAGUCCAAGGCUCAACCCCCUCGCCUUCUUUGCAUCGUCUGCAACAGACUGCGUCCCAUCUCAGCCCCAGCUCCCAAGUCAGUUAUCCCUCGCCCGUGGGGAUGGGCCCUACCUGGACUCCUGCGACAUCCAUUUCUCCUCCGUAUCCUGUGGUGAAGAACCAGCCCAGUAAUGUACACCUCAACACCUGGUCUGCCGGGAACAGCCCAGCGACAUUUGAUCAUACGCCUGUCUAUCGUGGACGGCUUCCCAUUAGUCGUGUAGGCUGGAUGGAUUCAAUCUCUGGCGGUUCGUCGAGGACAGUCUCGUCUAGGACUGCUUUGCCCAACUCUCCUUGUGCCGAAUCCCAUUCUGGGCCAACCGGCCCCCGGAAGGAGAGUAUCAAGGCUGAGUCUUUGUCGCCUAUUCCGUCCCGCAGGGAGAUCGUUGUUAAAUCUCCGCGAUCCGUUCACUGA